GCGGGCUCGCACCGCCCCCGCUCGCCCGGCCCCUGCGUCCCCCUUGCGUCCCGUCAGCCGCGUCACUCCGGUCCGCGGUGCUGCCAGCGCUGCACGUGUGCCAGGGAGCGAGCCCCGAAUGAAUUUAAUGUCCAGGGGGCCGGGGAUUGCACGAACGCCACAGAGUUGGGGUUUUGAAACAAACAGGAAAAAGAAGCCCCGUCCUAACAGUGAUCAUGUGUCUCCCACAGGCUGGGGAGGUGAUUCAGACUGCAAAGAGGACCUUGCAUUUCCCUCCGCUGGAGAAGAUGGGGAAGUCAGAGUCAUCCUGCUGGAGAGUUUUCCUCUCACCUCGCUUCAGCCCCAUUCCUGCCGUCUCUGGAUGGUUCGCUGUAGCCACAGCACUCUGACCUGACACAUCCGUGUCACGGUGCCUUCUCCAUGCCAAUCCCAACGAACGCCAAGCCUCCCUAUGAUGCAAGUUGGAAACUUUACCAAAGCCCGCCGACCAGCAGUGAAUAAUGUCAGCCAGAGAUUUGGCUCACAAAGUUCUUAAUGCCUUUGAGCUAGCAAGGCCAAAGGGUAAGCAAGCGGUGUUUUAGAGUCGCCGUGGAUACACAAAACAUGGAAGAUUAAGGACAGAGCAGCCUGGGCUUUGCCAGAGACCCAGCCAAAAGAAAGGCCGGGCAGAGGCUUGCGAGACAACAGAGGAAGCUUGCUGAGCUUCCCAAAACCAGCUGCACUCCAGCUUUCCAAGCUGCACGAGUCCACCCCAAGCCCCAGGAGCACUCUCCUUGCCUGGGAGUACGUGUCAUGUUAUGUGUCAUGUUUCCAGAUGUUGGAAAUCUUGCUUCAAGCGCAUGUGACCCCGUGUGUUUGGAACGAGCCUCCACUGCCAGUUCACUCUUUACUUGUUUCCAAGUGUGUGAAUUCCUCUUUUAGCCUGUGGUUUCUGCUGAAGAAGCAGAUAAAUCAUGGCUAUUUUGCUGGAAUGGCUGGAUGAGAGGGAGAUAGGCAUGUAGGACUUACAGGGCAGUGGCUCAUGGCUGUUUGGCUUCAUUCACACAAGGGCUCCAGCCUCCUUUCCCAAUUCCCACAACUCGUUUGCUGAUGCCUGGCUCUCUCCCAGCCCUCUUCCAGUGCCACAGUGCUGCCCAGCCCACCAGGACAGGCGUUCCUCCCUGUGUGCACACACACCCUCAGGAAAGCAGCCUCCUGAGCUGGGAUCUCCAUGAUAUCCUAGGAGCCAGAUGGGGCAUCAGCGGCUUGCCAAUGCCAAAACAAGCCUUGUUGCAGCAGCAGGAGGGGACCUUGGCUCUUGGCUGCACCAAGGGACCCAGGCCAGCUGCAGACCUCUGCCCCAAACCCAGCUGGAGCAGGCACAGCUUGUCCUCACUCCCCAUCCGCCCUCUGGAAUCCAGGAAACUUGCACGAGGAUCUCCUUUACAUUGGCUCCUUGUGCCUGGAGGCUGGGACAGCAGGGAAACCAGGGGUCCAGGGAGAAACCGCCCUCAGUGAUGGAAAACAGAAGUCUCAUAAAAACACAGCUACAAAGUAACCCAGCCCUAGAAGCAGAGGUUUUGAUGUGGAUGGUCCAUGCGCAAGUGAACUCCAGUUCACUGCCAGGGUUUACUGCAAAGAAAGUAGUAAACAGAGAAGCUUACAGCACCUUUGGGGUUAUACAGUUCCCUUCUUCACCUCCAGCACUUGCAGAUGAUUUCCCCACAUGCUGUCCUUUAACAUCCACCCACUCCCACCCUCUUUUUGGCCCAGGCUGGUCCGGAAGACCUCAGGCAAACGGUGCCAAAGCGAACUCAUUGUAUCUGGGGAUGAGCAGCUGGGAGGACAAGUCACCCUUGCUGUAACCUGGCUGUGAGCCUGGCCCUGCCCGUGGGUCCGCAGGAAUGCUGCAGCAGCGAGGUGGGGCCUGCAGGGAAACCCCUCAGUGCUGUGGUGAGGUGACCUCAGGACUGGAGGCAAACAGCGGCUUGGUGGCCACACAGACUGCCUUUUGCAUAGACUGCAGAGGGUCAGGAGGGCUUUGUUGCUUGAUAAAUCCGGCUCAGGUCCAGGAUACCUCUGCCCGACAGCUGUGAGCCAGCCUGCUCUCCUCAGGAUGCUCAGUGAUUGCCAGCAUUUGGAAAAAUCAAACUUGGGUUUGUCUGUGAGUGUGGCUGCAAUGCUGAUUGAUUAAAUCCCCUUUCUGACUCAGCUCUGGGAUUGCCCUUCUGCCACAUGAUCCAGGGGCAGUAUGGAAUGGGACAGCUCCACAGCCAGCUCUUCCAGACACCCUGAGCUGUGCAAACCCAAGGACAGGUGAUGAUGAUGAUGAUGGGGAGCCCUGACCCAGGGCAACUCACAGGGAAAUAUUUUUCUUCUCCCCUCACAGGAUAUGAACCACACAUGGAAGUCUCAUGCUUUGUAAAAGGAAAGAGAAACCAGAGGGGCUCCAGCAGCUAUACAACAUGCAGGAGCUGUUUGAGAGCUGCCUCCUGAAGGAUUAGCUACAAGUCCUUGUUCCUUUUUACAGCUGUAGCCUUGUGUCUGUGUGCAUCCUGUAAAGCAGUGUAGAAAUGAAUAAAUAAAAAGGACAGCAUUAAAUAACACAGGAACUCUCAUGUCCAUGUGGUACUGCCUGCAUCAUCCAGAUGGAAAGUAUCUGUCUAGACAAAUCUGGGAAUUAUGCAAGCUUGGAAUUCCUGAAUAGCUCUUCCUUUGCAACAUUAUGAAGCAUUUGCAGGGCCCACCGAAAAUAAGCACAGAAACGCAGCGGGGAAAGAAACUCUUCAAUUCCAACAGCCAGGAAACCUAAACACCGGCAGUAUUUUGGAUGAGAGAAGGUGGAGGCGCAGGACUAUGGAGCUGUGUCCCUGCUGUGUGCACACUGACUCAUCCCUGAGGAGCCAGGAUGAUCCCUGGUGAUCACUCCUGUCUCAGCAGGAGCGGACCAGGCUCCCUUGAGCUUCUUGUGGUUCUCUGAUUCGCUGGACAAGGCACAGAGACGCUUGUUUCCACUUUUGCAGAGCUGUUUGUUUCCACGGUGCUCAGACAAGCAGAAGGAAUGAAAACAAAGAGGGAAAGAUGGGCUGUCCUGGUGCAAACCACAACAGCAUAAAAAUAAAUCAGCCUGCCUGCAAGAGCCAAAAAAAAAGCAGGACAGAAAACAUGGAAAUCCCACUCUGGCCCGGGAGCUGCUGCUGGCUCUGAGCAAUGCCCAGGGAUCACUGGGGCUGGGAGUUCAGCACAACUCUAGAGUUGUAGUGACCCUUUUUGGUGUUCUUGGGAAACAGCGGCCUGGCCAGAGGAGAUGGAAGAAUGGAGCAGCCAGGAAUUCUCCCUGCAGAGCAGUGCAACCCAGGGAAAGGAUGACACAAUUGUCAAUAUUAUAUGGAGAAAAGUAAUUUUUUAAAAAGCCCAGGUCAUGAUCCAGCAGUCAUCUGGUUUGUGGCAGUUUUAUCACUGACUCCGGGGGGCAUCCCGAGGGUGCAUCCAAACAGAAAUGUCACUUGUGGUCAGUUUGGGGCACACUGAAGGAAAAGGGGCCAACGUUUUUCCAUCUGGCCUGGCCCCUUCGGUGCUGCAAAGGAGAGCAAGAGAGAGCAUUGUGUCAGUUCUGUCCUCUCAGGCCCAGGAGAGAAAGAGUAAAGAGCAACUGUGAGGCUGAGAGGUAAAACAACUGCUUGUGCCGCUGUUUGGGGGCAAUAUUUGUGCAGGGCCAGGGGGUUGCAGCAGGACAUCUCAUCGUGCCUGAGCCACCGUUGGAUCAGCAGCCCGGAAAGCAGAUGUGCCAGUUUCCUGUCCUUGAUGAUGAUGGGCCCUAAUUACGCCAGAGCUGUGGCAAUGUCCUUUCUUGUGUAUGACCCCUAAUUUGGUUUCGUGAAGUCAUCUGUGCCAGGUUCUUCCGGCUGCAAGGCUGGGGCGAGUGACAGUCACGAAGAGCCCUGUGUUCCCAAACACCUGGCCCGUGCUUUGAACCAAGAAAAUUCCACUGGGAACAAACAAAAUUCGGGCAACCUGAUGGCAUUUGGCUCUGCGCUUGGCUGCAAGGCCGUUCCUCUGCCCUGUGUAAUCUCAGGUUAGUGAAGAUUUGUACACCAAACUCUACGUCUAGAGGAUGUGCUUGGGGAAACACCACUUGGAGAAGCACAGCAAGAUCCCAGGCAGAGAUGACAAGCUUUUUCUGCAGAUGAAAGGAGCACCCGGCGUAGCUCUGUCAGAGCAUGGAAAGGAGCCAUCCCUGAAGCAGGAUUGCCUUUGAGCUGGCAGCAGACGAAUGAUUGGCAUUGGGCAGCGCUGCUGAGACUCUGGCAGGCCGUUUAGCAGAGAACCUUGGCUAAUGAAUGUCAUCCACACCUAGCAGAUGUGCCACUGCCUGCCAUGCCAGAUUUUUGACAUAAUACAGGGCUGCUGGACACAACAGUGCUCGGGAAAAGCCAGGGAGCGACUCGUGCCUUCAACGUGGCGUUUCGUCCUGCCUGUGCUCUGCAAGAGAAACAAAACCUGCAGGGGGGAGGGAGGCACAGCCGCGUCUCCCGGCCCUCCACCCUGGUUUUAUCGAUACAGAUAUACAAGGCAAACCAAAGGUUUCGGCUGCUAUUCAGUGCCUCCUCAUUUGUCCCAGAGCCGUAACAGUGGUGCCCUUUCUCUUCUGGCUGCUUUUCCCUGCUUCUGGAGCAGCAGUUAUGGGAGAAGCAGAUGGCUACUGAUUGGAACAAGGUACAGGGGAAGUUCGGGCACCAUCAGGGAUGAGGAAAGAGCCGAGAUGCCUUGGUGUGUCUGAACCAUGAGAAAGCAGGUAGGAAAGGGAUGGAGGACGCCGGCGUCCAGCGGGGAAUAUGGGACGGGGAUGCCAAGACGGUCCAGCAGUGCUUGACUGACAUUUUUACCAGCGUUUACACCACCUGCGACAUCCCGGAAAAUGCCAUUUUCGGCCCCUGCGUCCUGAGCCACACGUCCCUGUAUGACAGCAUCGCCUUUAUCGCCCUCAAGUCCACCGACAAGCGCACCGUCCCCUACAUAUUCCGGGUGGACACGUCGGCGGCCAACGGCUCGUCGGAGGGGCUGAUGUGGCUGCGGCUGGUGCAGUCGGCGCGGGAGCGGGAGGAGCAGAACCUGGAGGCCUACAUCAAGAGCGGGCAGCUCUUUUAUCGCUCCCUACGUCGCAUCGCCAAGGACGAGGAGCUGCUGGUGUGGUACGGCAAGGAGCUCACCGAGCUGCUGCUGCUCGGCCCGGCCCGGGCCCCCGCCCGCACCAACGGCUCGCCGCCCUUCGCCUGCCCCGAGUGCAGCCAGCGCUUCCAGUUCGAACUGCCCUUCGCCGCGCACCUCCGGUUCCGCUGCCCCAAGAGGCUGCACGGCCCCGACAUCGGCCCCGCCGCCGAGGCCGCCGCCGCCAAGGACGGCGCCAGCAAGGAGCAGGAGCCCGGCAAGUUCGGGAAGCCCGGCGGGCCGCCGCACCACCCCUUCCCCGGGCCUGACGGCGGCCCCGCCGCCAGCACCAAGCCCUCCACGGACUUCCACAACCUGGCGCGGGAGCUGGAGAACUCCCGCGGCGGGCGCGCCGGCUCCCCGGGUCGGCCGGCGCCCCCCGAGGGCGGCCCUGAGGCGGCGGCCGGGAAGGCGAAGCGGCGCUUCCCCGAGGAGGAGGAGCGCGGGCCCGGCGCGGCGCGGGGCCGCUUCCCGGCGGAGCGACCGGGGCUGCCGGCGGCGCCCAAGGAGGAGCCGGGCUGCGCCCCGCAGCAGCAGUACCGCGCCGCCGGCUCCUACUGCGGGCUGGAGGAGGGAGGGCGCCUCUUCGCGCCGCCCAGCCCGGAGACCGGCGAGGCCAAGCGCAGCGCCUUCGUGGAGGUGAAGAAGGCGGCCCGCGGCCCCGAGCCCGACGGCGGCCCCGAAGAGGGACCGGAGCGCGGCUCCCCGGGCGCGGGCGGCGCGGAGCCGGGGCUGUGCCCCCGCGGCGGCGCGGGGGGCCCGCUGGCCGCCCGCCUGGACGGCGGCAGCCCGGCGCGGGGGAGCGCCUUCAGCACGGUGCCGCAGCUUGGGGCCGGCCCCGGCGGCGGCGGCGGCGCCGACGAGAGGAAAAGCGCCUUCUCGCAGCCCGCCCGCUCCUUCCCGCACGUCCCGCCGCUGGUGCUGGGUCCCAAGCUGGGCGGGCUGGGCGAGCCCUGCCCCGACGGCGCCGCCGCCCCCGCCCGCCUGUACGCCGCCGAGGCGCUGGCCGCCAAGCUGCCGGGCGGCGGGGAGGCGGCGGGCGGCGGCGGCGGCGGCGGCGGGGGGCUGCCCAAGCAAAGCCCCUUCCUCUACACCACGGCCUUCUGGCCCAAGAGCUCGGCGGCGGCGGCGGUGGCGGCGGCGGCGGCGGGGCCGCUGCAGCUGCAGCUGCCGUCGGCGCUGACGCUGCUGCCGCCGUCGUUCACCUCGCUGUGUCUGCCGGCUCAGAACUGGUGCGCCAAGUGCAACGCGUCCUUCCGCAUGACCUCGGACCUGGUCUACCACAUGCGCUCCCACCACAAGAAGGAAUACGCGCUGGAGCCCCUCGUCAAGCGCCGCCGCGAGGAGAAGCUCAAGUGCCCCAUCUGCAACGAGUCCUUCCGCGAGCGCCACCACCUCUCCCGCCACAUGACCUCCCACAACUAGCGGGGACAACCCCCCCUCCGGCCCCGGGAACCUGCCCGGGACCCCCGCGCCGGGACACCCGCGCCGCCCGCCUCUCCCACCCUUCCCCUUCGAUGCACGCGUUUCCACAGUCCGGGGAGGGGCGGGGAGGGCAGCGGGUGAGGAUGAGGAAGGAGGAGGUGAAGAAGAAGAAGAAGAAGCAGAAAAAUGAAGGUAAAAGAAAAAAAAAAAAGAAAAAGAGAGAGAGAGAGAAAGAGAGAAGAGAAGCACCGGGAAAAAAGAAAAAAAAUCAAAUGACUUAAAAAUACAUUUUUUAAAAUGUCAUAUAUUGCAACAUAUUGAUGCAUUUGUCAUACGUUUCUACUUAAAUUAUUAAGCACUUAUGGUUUAGAUGUAAUAAUAAUUCUAUGUCAGGGUAAAUUUUUAUUUUGGAUAUGAAGCUAAGGGCGAGGGGAGCGCGGCGGGGCCGGCGGGCGGCGGGCCGGGGUCCUGCAUGCACCGGGUGCUACCUCCGUCCGGCCCCGCCGCCCGCGCCUCUUCCUUCCCCCCGAGUGUCACUGGUGCCCGUGGAAUGGAGUCUCGGUAGUUCCGUGUUUACCUUCCCUUUCCCGUUUGGGUUUGGUUUUUGUUUUUUUUUUUUUUUUCCUCGCCCCUCUGGAAAAAAAAAAAAAAAGAUUUAUUAAACUUUAUAGUUUAUCCGGGUAUGUUGGAUGCUUUGACAAUAAAUGACUUUAUUUUCUUCAAA